UCAAAUUUCUUUCUUUUCGUCAUGAUCCAUAAGGAUGCUUUAAGCCUAAAGCUGCUAAACCCAAGUUCAUUAUAAUAAUCAGGAGCUUUAACUUUUGCGUUUGGAAAUUUCAUACUUUCAUGUUUUCUGAAUGAAUCCAUUAAACAAUUCGGUAUUUUCGAUUUAUAUAGCAGCCAUAUAUUAUAGAGACUAAGGAAUAAGAAUACUAAAAACUAAGAAAUAAGAAAUCUCUCCCCUCGAUACUUUCCUCAAUACACAAAUUGCCCAUUUCAAUUAUGUCAACCUUCUCCAAAAUUUUCACAUUUUCUUUUAUAAGAAAAGAUAAAAUGGAAGAAGAAACUGGUAAAACAACACCACAAAUUUUUAAUUCGUUUUUAACAUCAACUUUAGCUGACAGAAAUGAGAUUGAGGGUCAAAUAUCAACUGAUAAGUUUUGUAUUAGUUCUGUUUUUGGGUCCGUUUCCACUCGAGCUGAGGCUGAUUACUCCAUGACAGCCAUCCAAAGUUUUAUGAACCUUGAUAGCCCAAGAAUGUUGGCGGAGAAUGCCAGAUUUCAACAAGUAGAGGCUGCUUUCCAAUUCAUGAAAACACCAGGGGUUCAGGAUAUGGUAAAAUCAGUAAUGUGUGACAUAGGCAUCAUUACUGCUAUGUUGAAGAACAGCGCGGUUCAGGGGUUGUUAAGAUCUCUAAUGCCAGGUAAUUCAGCAAUAAGGCUAAUAAACGGCACCACUAACACAGCUGCAGCACUUGCAGCAGACAGUUCUCAGCCUCAGGGGUCUCAGAGCGAACACAGCUUGGUUUCAAUGGUUUUGAGCUGGCUCUUGGAGAACAUUGGGAGUGGACUUCAAGGAAUUUUUGGUACUCUAAGGUCACUAGUUGAUAAUACACUAGAGUCCCCUCAAAUUGAGAACAUAGGCUCUGGUUCCAAUUCCGGGCAAGUCAUUCACUUGACUCUGUUUCUCUCUGUCAUCAAUCUCUUGAUUGUGUUUGUGAGGCGCGCCUUAAAACAAAAGGUUAUGGUUUAACGUUUUUCAGAUGUACAAGUGUACAACUGUUUUGUGUCAAUUUGAUGAUUCAUAUUUUCCCUUUGAUUACUGGUUUGUAUCCCCAAGAACCCUAGUAGUGUUAUCACAAUUAUGUACCCUCCCUAGCAGUAUCACUUUCUUUUUAAUGGUUUGUUACAUAAAUUGGUAAGUUUCUUACGCUGUGAUAGAGAAGGUUACUGUCUUUCUCAACGUUUUAAUGUGAUUUAUUUUUAUAUUAUAACAAUUUUACCAGUAGUCGUUUUAUUAU